CAAGCAAAUAUAUAUGUACAUACUUAUGCUUUCCUGUAAAUUCUGUGAUAUCAAUUUGGGAAUAAGGACCACUGAUGUUUCUGUCCUUUUGCAAUCACAUGGUAUUAUUUACUUCGAUUUCAUCUUUUCAGUGAAAAGACUGCAGAGAUUGCAUUACUGGCGCUAUACUUGAAUAUGAUGAAUUCCUUUAUUUACUUCUUCCACCUUGCAAAAAUAGUUACUUUCCUACUAAAAAAAAUGGAAAGAGUAGGGGAAAUUAUUCAUUCAUAGAACGUGAAAAAACCGUAAUUCUCUUGCAAAUUGCAACUUCAAGGAAGUGGAGAUUAGUGUGCGGCAGUGUUAUGUGGAGAGUGUGGUUUGUUGUUUGUAAAAGGACGAGUAAUUCUUUUUAAGAAACAAGCUGAAUGUUUUGGAUAUGUCGCAUUUGAGUAAAAAAGAAUGGGUUGUGUCAAUAGUCGGACAGACAUUAAUGAUCUACAUCCGAAUGUUUUUCAAGUGAUGAAUGUAGAUGAUUUAGGUAAUUUAAUUACACCUGGACGUUUAGAAGUCACAGAAACUGAUAUUGUGCUUUAUCAACGUGGUAAACAGCCUAUUAAAUGGCCAUUACGUUGUUUGCGAAGAUAUGGUUAUGAUGCUGAAAUAUUUAGUUUUGAAUCUGGCAGAAGAUGUAUUACCGGGCCUGGCAUUUAUGCCUUUAAGUGCCGUAGGGCUGCACAGUUAUUUAAUCUUGUGCAAACAAAUAUUCAGGUUUGUAAUAACAGUGGAGAAGAUACAAUGUCCAGAGAACUUUCAGUUGCUUCUCAUGCUGUUCCAACAGUAACAAGAGUGACAAUACCAGUUGAGCCUAAUUAUUUGGAUCCAAUACUGAAUAGAACUAAUAAUCGCGUGGGUCCCAGAUUUGUUCAUAGUCAACAAAAUGGAAGAUUAGGUAGCGUGGGAAGUAGUACUGGUCUUAUAUCACCUCCUGGAACCAUAGGUUCUCCUUCACCACCUCCUGUGCUGCCACCACCCCCACCACCACUCUCUCAACCACAUCCGUCCUCGCUUUAUGUCAACGAAGAGAUAUUGUCCUCUUUGCCAUUGGAACUGGAGCAUAAUAAUAAUAAAAGCCUUACAAGAGCAAUACAGAGACCUUGUACAGUGAGUAACUCUAUAUCUGAUAAUGGCUCGGCAUCGUCGGAAUUAAUAUCCGUGCAUAAAAAUUCAGAAAUCGCUUCUCAAACAAAGUCACAGCUUCCAGUAGCAGCUUAUAUGAAUGUAGAUAUUAAUAGCGAUCUUAGUCCACUUUCUCCAACUCAUAGUGUUUGCGAAGUAAUGCAAUUUAAGGAAGACAAAACUGAUAAUAAUGAAUCUGGACACGCCUAUAUGAAUAUAAGUCCAGGUCAGGAACAUACAGAAUCUUUUGGUGCUAGACCACGACCUUCGCCAUUGCCAUCUAUUCAACCUGAUAUGGAAGAAGGAACGAGACAUUGUUAUGCUAAUUUAGAAGCAAGUGAAAUCGAAAGCUUUAGGAAAAGGUUUUCCGGAGUAUCUGUAGCUGAAAAGUCGCCUUUGCCGCCAUCAACGCCUACAGGUGGUCCAAUUAGAGAAGUGAACUAUGCUGUAUUAGACCUGGAUACAAAGGAUGUACCAAUCAAUUCGCCGUUGGAUGGACCUUCAAAUUCGACUGCAUCUCCUCCAGAGUCUCCAAACAAGCUGCAAAAAGGGUAUGCUACAAUAGAUUUCAAUAAAACAGCUGCUCUUUCUCAUUCGGUUAACCCAAACCUUGUGAAUGAUAAUGAGGGCUCAAGGAAGACGCGUCACAAUUCCACGAUUAGUGACUUAGCAGCUUCUUGUAGACGUAGUUCAUCUGUAAGUGAAUGAUCGAUUUUUUAUUUUACAACUGUGCCUGUAUAAUAAAUAUUUGUAGCAUUUUAAAGAAGAGUAACAUGCUUUACUUUCUCAUUAAAUUCAAAUAUUUACCUAUAUAAAACCAAAGAACAGGCAUUAAAUUAGCAUAUAGACACUUCAUCUAAUAUCGAUGAAACAAAAAUGUAGCGUGCGCGAAGCACGGCGUAUUCUAUUUGGACGUUUAGUUUUUGAUUUGUCGUAAAUUAUUUUAGAUUUUAUUAUUCGUAUAAUAGAACUUAGUUUUUAAGUUUUUUUUUUUAAGAUGCACAAUACACGUGGUACGUCACAGUAUUUUUAAAGAAUAAGUCUCUUUUCAAAGUGCUGUUGCGGUGCACAAGCGAAAAAUCUUUUUUAUAUAAUAUACAAAUAUGUUUAUAGAACAUUCUAGGUAAAAUGAUAUUUUACAUUGGCUCCUGUUGGAGAAUUGGAAGCUAAAGUGCCCUAAUUUUUCUUGUAUCAUAGGAAUUGAAGAGGCUCAAAUAAUCUAAUUGAAAUAAGAGUAUAAAAGUACAUGACAUUAUAACAUAAAAAAGAUGGUGAUGACAUCGUAUACAAUUUUAAUUGAUUACUUUUAAAGUAAUCUCUUAAAAUCUAACUAUGACUAUUAAAGUAUAUAUUAAUUAAAAUAGUAGAGAUAAAUAAUAAAACGUAUAUAUGUGCAUGUACAGCUGUAUAAUUUCGUUAGUCUUUAAUACUUUCGCUGCCCCGACAGUCACUGGUGAUCGAUCACAUCAUUUAAGUAUCUUUAUCUUUCAUACUACAGUUUAAUAGAAUGUUGAGUACAAGUUUGAAUCGCCCGUGUAGCGGAAGUGUUAAAGAUCAAAUUUUAGGAUGCACAAUUCUAAUGGAACAUUAUCUCAUCUUUAAGUGCAGAUUGGUUGAAGUUUAUAUGUUUGAAACAUAAUAAAAACAUAUACAUAUAUUUCAAAUAUAUAUCAUCUGAUACAUUCUGUAUAUUUAUAUGAUAGGUACACCAGAGUGUAUUCUCGGUGUAUGACAGACUUUUAGAAUUCCAGGACUUUCUCACUACUUGAAGAAACAUAUAUUUAUAAUAAUUGUAAUUUGUACAAAUUACUAUACAAAUAGAAAAUAUUUGUUUAGUACUGUUUUGCACAAAUCUUGAAAAUAUCAACGACGUUUUAUUAGGACCUAUUAUUGUUUAUUUAUAUAAUAAUAUUUCCUUGGUAAUUCAAUUUUGAUCAAAUUACGUUAAUUCAGGCAACUUUCUCUUCCAAUAGCUCCUAAUAUGCUCAUGAAACUGUAAAUUUCUCUAUGAAAAAUACCAAUAUUAUACUUCUCGGAGUAGAAAAUAAUUCGUUAUCGAAGAUAUCGAUAAUCGAGCAUGUUUAUGCAAUAUUUUACAUAAUUGAAGCAUAGUAAAAAUUUAAUUAUACUUAGGUUGUAGGAAUCGAAAUUUUUCGACUUUUCUUUAAGCAUUUUUGUAUUAUGCUCAUACUCUAUAGCAUUUAAUUAAUAUAGUUUACGAUCGAUAAUUAUUGUUAUUAUUGUAGUUGUUGAUUAAAUUUGAGUACUAAAUUAGCAAACAAAUUUUAAAAUGAAGAAGAUUAUAAAACUUAUUGUUUGAUAUAUGAGUCGAUAUUUAUAAUUAUUUUAAAUCUUAAUUUUGCAUUGCACCAUAUUUACUACUCAGUUUUGUUAGCCUUUUUCUACCAUGAGCUACUAAAGUUUAGAAGGGGCCAAUCAAAAUAGGGUAACAAAUAUGGUACAUUGCCAAGUUUACAACGGUAAGAAUAUGAUUUUUCUUUAUACUAAAUAUUUCGAAAAUAUAGUUACAAUAUAAAAAUACGAGAGUAUAAUUAAAGUCAUUUAUUUUUUACAUGGUCAUGAACAUGUUUAACAAGAUGAUGAAACAAUUUAAUGCUCUUAAAUGAUAUUCUUUAAAAAACGGUUAUCCAUUAAAUGCAUAGUUCUUUUUAUUUUUAGCAGAAAAUUGCAUGUUACAGUACAAUUUUAAAUACACAUUGUAGUAACGUGAUACUAGAAAAUUCGUAGCGAAAAAUGUGUCUAAUUACAUGUUGUCUCAUGAUAUUGACAUAUUCACUGCCAUAAUUUGACACCUGCCCCCUCCCCUUCCCCAAAAAACAACUUUUACAAAUUCAUUGACAAUUAUUGAUGAUACUUUGCGUUAUGUUUUUGUCAUAUCGCGAUGAAAGUAAAACUUUGUUACAGGUAUUCACGAUUGUACAUACUUUGUAUUAAUAAGAAAUGGUAGUGAAUAAGUUAAUAUAAUAUACUGAAACAUUCUGCUUUAUUAUAUCAUAAUUUUAUAUGGAAACGUUUGGCCUUAUAUACAGAUCCUAUAUCAUUAUUUGAUAUACAAUUCAAAUGCAGAGUACACUUGGAAAAUACUGUUUUGCAAGCUUAUGUAUAUUUACAGCUUUGUAUUUAAAUACUAAUAUUAAGUAAAAAUCAUCAGGCCUGUAUGGAAGAAUGAAUGUUUUCAUAGUACAUCUUAUUGUAGCAUUAUCUAGAUUGUAGAUGUUAUUUUAGCAAAUAAUUGCGUAUUAUAUGCAUUCAGUGUGCAUUUUAAACAGCCAUAUCUCUAAAGCCAAAGAAUUCAUUUUUAUUAACUGGAUAUAAAUCCUCGUUCGAAUUGCUUUCUAUUCUCGCAUCUUCAUUUAAAAAUAAAAGGUAGACAAACAUUGUUCCUAAAAAGAUUUGAGGGUGUUAUAUUCUUACGGAAAAUUUUUAAUCCAUCAAUUACACAUAAGUUGAUCAAAUAGUUUAACGUUGAUUGUAAAAUUUAUAUAAGUGAAAAAAGACAACAUUAUUUCGUAAGCUGCAUUUCCUUUUUGAAUUUUCAUUCUUAACAACGUAAACUUAAUUCUUUUCCGAUCAGACGAAUUUAUAUUUCAUUUCAAUUUGUUGCAAUGAGAUUAACCCGAAAUAUAAUUAAUUUAUCAUUUAAAAAUAAAUGGCAUGAUAGAUGAAAAAGGAAUACAGCUUACUUAAAUCAUUUUACACAUAUCUGUGUGAUAUAUGUAUAUUCUAUCGAGUAUAACAUCGAGUGUGACUUUAAAAAACAAUAUAUCGUACUUCGUAAUAUUAAUGAAAUAUUACCAACACAGAAUUAUUCAUCAUGGAUAUGUGUAAAUGUGAAUUUAUCUUUCAUUGACAAUAGUCAAUUUUCAAGCUUCGGAGAAUGACAGUGUGAUAUUCAUAAAAACAAAAUUAUAUUAAAUUUUGUAUUGUAUUUCAUAUUUUAUAUUAAGCUUUAGUCAGAAUCUGAAUUUCUGAAAGUUUCUUACGAAGAACAAAGAUAUUAUAAAUUGUUAAAGAAAAAAAAAGAGAUGUUGCAAAUUAAAAUGUGUGAACAGAAUAUGUCCACAUUUCUGAUAGAUCUAAAACAAAAUAGUUGUGGUAAUAAAGAGUGCCAAAGGAAGAUGUUUAUUUCGUUAGUGAAAAUUCGAAAGUACUAAAAAUUCUAGUACAAGAGGUUAUACAUUUACGAAGAUGAUUAGAAAGUAUUGCAUCAUUCUUCGUGCAUGGUACAGAUGUCCAUAGAAUUAUACAUCGAAUUGAAUGUAAAAGUAAUGUAACAUGCGAGCGUUUAAUUAUCUAUAAUAUAGAUACUAGUUUUGUAUUAUUGCAAAGAUAUAAAAACUUAUCACCGUUUUUAAAUAUGGCAGUAUUAUAUCAGGCCAGUGUUUAUAAUUUGUUAAUUUUCAGGAAGAUACAGAAAUUACUAGUUCUACUAAAAAAAAAUCGAAAAUUAAUUAAUUUUCGGAAUACGGAUUUAAUUCUGAGAAGUUUAGAAUACUGAAAUGCAAAUUUAUUGAAUAUCUAAUGUAACGUUUCGUAAUUUGUAUUUUAUAAAUGUGUGAGCUACUUUUCGGAAAAAUCUGGAAAAGUUGUACAGUUUCGUACAGGUUAUCAUCUAUUCGAAGUACUUUUUUUAUUAAACAAAUCAAAAUUGAUAAAUCUAAAACAACUUGAGAAAUUUAACUUUUGGUUGAGCCUUCAAAGUAGAAAAAAAAGAACGUUGCAUUAGAGAUUGUAGACAUCACAUACGCAAAAAAAAAGAAGCAAUUUUUACAUAGCAAUUUUAAAAAAGAAAACGCGCAGUGUCAAAUAUUGUUGGAAUGCAUUGACAGAAAGGAGUUGUAAAUAAGUGCGACGCAACGACAGAUUGGGCAAACAUGCUGAACGUGCAAUUACCGAAUGCGAUGGCUGUGAAGUAUUUAAUUCUUCGACUGUCAUUUUAUAAUUACAUUGGAAACUUUAAAACUGCCAAAUAUGAGACAGUAAACAAAUGUGAAGAGAUUAAUUCGUUACGUUUCGAUUACAUUUUACAAUUUCGACGAAAUUUGUCUUUCUUAACACUAUCAACAACAAAGAAUAAAAUACACUUGUAAAUAAGAAAAUAAUGAUUCAUAACAUUAUGCAAUAUUUCUUUCAAAAAUAUAUCCUGAAGAAAUCUGCUGCCUAACAUACAAAGAACAAUAGAUCGCUAGGUAAGGGAUUGCUAAUAAAUCGUAUUAUUACUUAAUAUGUAUUUAUAUAAUGUGUUUCAUCAGGUCUAGGAUGACAAUAUUAAAUUCUUGCAAUUAAGGCAAAAUCAUUUUGAGAAAUAUUUUUGUUUAACAUGUAUAGUCGAGAUUGAAUGUUCAUAUAUAUACUAAUAAAUAAUAAUAGUUAAAUAUUGCAAGUUCUUUUCCAGAUUUAUUACCCUUUUACAUAAUAUUCUAUAUAAGUUCUUGUUAUCAGUUCUUUGUUUAUAUAAAUUUAAGAAUAAUUUUCGUAUACUUACCUGCACUUGUUACCGAAAAGGCAUUAGCGAUUCUAUUUUCGUAUGGAACCAUGAUAGUCGAAGAAUUAAUAAUGUACAUUAUUGGAAUGAAACAUUAAUUACUGUAUUUCCCUUUAAUUUAAACCGCAAUUAGAAAAUAUAACGAUAAUGUUUCACGAAGUCUCGAAAGAUUUAUUUUUAUAUAUGUUUUUUAUGCCAAGGUAAAAAUCAGUAAUUUGGACUUUGUACUUUGAAGUCGUUACGCAACUUUUUUUUACGUGUAUUAAUUAUUACCAACUUAUAUUUUAAUAAAUAUUGACUCUACAUCGUUUCGUAUAUACUUGUAUAUAAAUAACCAAAAUAUUAUUAUUUCAUUAUUUUCUCCUUUAUAAUGGUUUAUGUACGUUAUAUAAAAUAUACAGCAUUGUUAUUUCGA